AUGGUGGCGGGAACGUCGACAGCAGAAGCCAUUUUAAGAAACGAGAAACUUUCAAUUCCAUAUAAAGCCCGAGUAAGCUAUAAGGCCGAUGGAAAUGGUUGGUUUCGUCUCAAGAUGAGUGAUUGGGCAGACAGGAAUUAUGAUUACUUUGAGUUUCUUACUCCUGAAAUGAGGAACUCAUCUCUUCAGCUUCAGGGUCUUUGUUACCCUCUAAUCUUCCCUAGCGUGAAUGUUUAUUGGAGCUGCCAAUAUAUUGCUCGUGCUUCAAACUUAUCACUGAGCCACUGGCAGAAGAUGAAUGGUGUGAACAUUCAAGAUGACAUGAUCAUAGACAAAUCGAUUAGAAGGUCAUUGGAUUCUCGUGCCUCGGUUGUAAAGCGUUAUGUUGCUGAUAUUGGCAAGUCAUGGCCAGUAUUGAUUGUUUGUGGAGGCAUUGUCCCGCUCUUCUAAUCCGUUGUUUGGCUGCUUCUUAUUCGGCAUUUUGUUGCUGCCAUGCCAUGGAUAACCGUUGUCCUUUUCAACAUGCUUUUAAUAUCAGUGACUGACUAUCUUCUGUUACUUGAAAGCUGGAUGGAUGAUGCUGUAACACCAAUUAUUGGUGAGCAUGACCCAUUAUUUGCUUGUUCACAGGAGCUGACUCAUGUCCGUGGAGUCGCCAUUCUGAUGACUUUUAUCUCAGUUAUAGCUAUCCUCACUUCAGUUGCCAUCAUCCACCGUAUGAUUCUCAUGGCAACAUCAGUCCUCAAGGCAGCUGCUAAAGUAAUAGGAGAAGUGCAAGCGCUGAUUAUUCCGGCUAUACCAUACGCAAUGCUCGCUAUAUUCUAUAUGUUCUGGCUAUCGGCGGCUCUCCAUCUAUUCAGUUCUGGUCAGGUUGUUCAGAACAACUGCAACAAUAAUCUCGUCUUAAAGAAAGUGAUCUGUGACAGUUGUUGCGGUUACAGCAUUCGUUACACUCCUCACAUCACCAUUGCUAUAUUCUUCCAUCGAUUUGGUUGUUACUGGGACACACAGUUCUUCAGUGAAUCUUCUGCUACAGUGAUUACUGGUUCUGUUGCUUCCUAUUACUUGGCUCGAGAGGAAGCAUCGCCAGAGAUUCCUUUUCUUCCUGUGUUCGCCUCAAUGAAGCGGCUUGCACGCUACAACCUAGGAGUCUGUUUGACUAGAAAAUUUGCUAAUUGCUAAUAUGUUAAGACAUCAUGCAAUGCAAGUGAUAAUCAUAUACAAGAAAACAGAGACAUGGAUCACAAGUGGAGUAGUGUUUCAAAAAAAAAAAGUCACAAGUGGAGUUGGAACCACUUAUCUAGGAUUCCAUCUCCUGCAUCUUUCACUUUGAUUAAUAAAUUAUACACACACUUGAUAUGGUUUGAAUUGUACUUUAGGGAAUUAAAUUUAGGAACAACAAAAGUAUAAUGCCUGCCGAGAGAAGCACAACUAACUACUCUCAUUGCAGACUUACAUAUACUGAUGACCAAAAUAGUUUGCAUAUCAGCUUCAUAAACUCUACGAGGAUUUUUGAUCUGUAUAAUAUCGCUAAAUAUAAUCAGAAGUAGAGGAAAUGUUUCCUCCACAAUGAUGGAAACUGGUGUCAUCUCCUCGUCUGACUGGAACCAAGAAAACAAAAUUGGGAAGUAGAAUCAAGAUGAUGCAGCACAUCUAGAUUUACUGCUACAUAUGCUUAAACAAUGAGAUUGUCAUGUCGAUUUGUUGCUUCUCUACAUGUAAUGCACACUUUUCGUUCCUAGCUAGAACUCAUCCAAACUCCAUAAGACAUUACGAAUUUCAUUCGAAAGAGCCAUGGACAUCAUUGUAUUCUAAAGUACACUUUUAAAAAAUACAUUGUUAAAUCAUUAAAUCAGACACAGAACGAGUGACUCUUCCCUUAAUAUGUUUCUACACAGGAGUUGUUACCACCUAACUAGUCGAAUCGAUGUGCUACACUGAAACGACCAAUAUUUUCACUAACUAAUCGUUAAUCAUACACAAGAAUGGACAUACGGGAAGGAAAAUCUAUGAACUUACUCAUAUUUUCUAUAGAGUAUCUGCAAUACAAACAAAGCUCAAUAAAUUUGUUGAUUUUGGUUGUACUUAACCCAAUCUAAAAAACGUUGCCAUCGUUCUGUGUAGUCAACAUAUAUAAUUGUCUUGAAGGACUCUCCAAGUUGUGAUCUGGAUCAGAAAAUUAAAAUUAUUAUUGGCUUUUAAAAAAAUCAUUGUUGUUGUCAAGUGUUGUACAAUGUUUAUUUAGUUAAAAAAAAAUCACUAUAUGCGCAGUUAGCUACAGUUACUAACUGUUUCUUCUGUUUGACUAAUGUAUGUUCAUCCUCAGGUGAACAUCAAGAGAUCUUUCUAUGGUUCCAAAAACUAUUUCUUCUCAGUGUACAUGCACAAGCUGUAGACUUUUGGAUGAGUUCUUUUCGAGUCACUAUUGUAGCAGGGUUGUGACAGUGGAGAUAGAAUGGAUCUUAUCUCUACUUUAGCGAAUACAAAUUCUCCAGCUCUCGUAAAACCUUCAAAGGAUAAGUAGAGAAGUGACUGAGCUGGUCUAGGAUACUUUGAAAAGUUUCAAUGAGGAUUGAAGACCAUACGUUCUUCUUCAUGUCUUCUAGUACCACACAAUGUAACUACCUCCACUACUUUGUAGAAAGCAUACUCCAACCUUUUCAUUCACAUCAAACAAGCCUGAUUUGAAUAAGUACUGGCCAAAUAGUGGUAGAUGAGGAAUUAUAAUCUCGGCAUGAAGAGUAUAAUUCAUGGCUCGUUUUUUCAAGCACUUUGGCUGAUUCUAUACAUAAUUAUUGUGAUACAAAUUGUCAUGAACCGUAUGUGAUAUAACGUUUUUCCUUCUGGACUAAGGCCAUCUUGUCUAAUAAUUUCAGGAAAAUAAAUGUAGGUGUUGCGACCUUUAUAAGGUGACUUCGGAAACUAAAUAUUAAUAUCUUGCAAGGACAUCAACAAACAUAUUAGACUUCAAAAACGAAUUCUCUUUAAAAUUAGAGGUAACAGAUUGCAUCAAGUUUACAUUCCAAGGGAGUUUAGACCAUUUAUUUUUCUAUAUAUUUUCUAUAUUUAUACACAAACUUCUUUUAUUGAUGACUAUCUCCUUGUCAUAUUUACCGAAGUAAUGGUAUCAAACUACAUAACAAUAGUAACACUACCAAUAAUUAUAGUCAAGCAGCUCAGAUCUAUACUUCAACU